AUGUCGCAAUCUGCAUCGAAGGUUCAUUUGAAAGCACAGAGAGAAAUUCAGAAGCAUAUCGACCAUGAUCAUGAAUUCUAUUGCGCUUUUUUUGAAAAAAACGAAAAGAAAGAAGAAGUUUGUGUCUCGACGGUGGAAUCUUUGGUGGAAGUGACCAUCGGUAAGAUGGAUAAAAAAGAAGGUAUCAAAACGAUUGAAGAUGGACAAUCAGCAAGAAUUGAGAAACCAAAAACUGAAUCAGUUGAUUCGUGA